AUGCGUGUACCAGAUGCCUUCUUCAUGCUGCAUCUUCUUGCUGCUAUGGUUCUACUUGUCGACGUCUUGACAGCGCUAUCCAAUUCGACUCAAACUUUACAAAACAAAAUACGGGAUGCAAUUGAUCGUCGACUAUGGGUGCAAGAUUCACAGGUACAAACAAAAGUGAUUGGGGACGAAGAAAGGGUGCCGUCUAACUCACUUCUUCACGUCAGCUUAUCCUCCAUACCAAUUGAAAGGGAUGCCGUGUUGUCACGUUUCCCCGAAAUUUGUAAAACUACUACUCUAGUGCCACCCUCGCAGUACUCGAGUAUCGCUGACUAUUCUAAUCUUUUGAAACAAAUGGAACCAGAAUUAAACAUGAACCAGAUUCAAGAUCUUCUGAAGAAAUUCAAAGAUAAUACAGUUUCGGUGGUACAGAGGAAUCAACCUAACAGCCCGCUCCCAACCAAUAUUGAUACGUCGAGCCCCUAUGUUCGCUCAGCCCUCUAUAUCGCUCAAAAGCUUACAAAUUUCAAGAAGGAGUCGGUCGAUUUUCAUCUUGAGGGUUUGAUUCGAUAUGGGUUUACACGCGAUGAAGUGGAAGCGAUAUUGCGUACAGCUGGGUACGGAGACCUGGAUGUGCAACUCAAUACGACAAGAUCAUGCAUGAAAUGA